GCCCCGCGCCAUGUACGCCUUUGUGCGCUUCCUGGAGGACAACGUGUGCUACGCGCUGCCCGUGUCCUGCGUGCGCGACUUCAGCCCCACGUCCCGCCUCGACUUCGACAACCAGAAGGUCUACGCCGUGUACCGCAACCCCGAGGAGGCGGCGGCCGACGCGGAGGACGACGAGGAGGACGAGGACGAGAGCGCCGGCGGGUGGCGCGACCGCCUGCUGCUGCACAAGGCCCAGAUCCUGGCGCUCGCAGAAGACAAAACUGACCUUGAGAACAGUGUGAUGCAGAAGAAAAUUAAAAUCCCCAAACUCUCUCUCAAUCACGUAGAAGAAGCUGGGGAGGUUACAGAUUAUGGGGAAGAAGAUGUGGAGCUUAGACACAGUAAGAGACAAGAUGGGAGGAAACAAAACGAAGGAACACACAAAAGUAUUGAAGCAGUUGUUGCUCGCCUUGAAAAACAAAAUGGGAUGAGUCUCAGUAAUACUUCCAGCCCCGAGGAAGCUUUUAUGGAGACUUCGGAAGGCAUGAACAACAUGGACGAUGCUGUAGUUCCUCGGGUUCUGUAUGAAGAAUUGCUGAGGAGUUACCAACAGCAGCAAGAAGAAAUGAGGCACAUUCAGCAGGAGCUCGAGCGAACGCGGAGGCAGCUUGUGCAACAGGCAAAGAAGCUAAAGGAGUACGGGGCGCUCGUGUCAGAAAUGAAAGAGCUCAGAGACUUGAACAGGAGGCUGCAGGAUGUACUGCUUCUAAGACUAGGUAGUGGACCUGCCAUUGAGCUUGAAAAAGUAAAACCAGAAUCAAUUGAGCCCGAACCUGAGGUACAGAAGACCUUCAGUGAGGAAGCAAAUACAUCAACGUAUUAUCCUGCCCCUGUUCCAGUAAUGGACAAGUAUAUUCUCGAGAAUGGAAAGGUCCAUCUUGGCAGUGGAAUUUGGGUAGAUGAGGAGAAAUGGCACCAGCUGCAAGUAACACAAGGAGAUUCAAAGUAUACAAAAAAUCUAGCGGUUAUGAUUUGGGGAACAGAUGUUCUCAAGAACAGAAGUGUCACAGGAGUUGCAACCAAAAAAAAGAAAGAUGCCGUUCCCAAGCCACCUCUCUCACCUCACAAAUUAAGCAUUGUCAGAGAAUGUUUGUAUGAUAGAAUAGCACAAGAAACUGUGGAUGAAACUGAAAUUGCACAGAGACUCUCCAAAGUCAACAAGUACAUCUGUGAAAAAAUCAUGGAUAUCAAUAAAUCAUGUAAAAAUGAAGAAAGGAGGGAAAGUGCAAAGUACAAUUUGCAAUAAAUUUUGGAUUUUUCAUAAAGUCUUAGUGUUUUACUUAAGCGUUGUUUUUUGAUUUGCGUGCUGAUUUUUGCUGAUGGGAGAAUCUGGCUUUAAGGGUGACUCUCAGUCUGUUUUUUUUGUUUUGUGAUAAGCCUUUCUAUAGUGUAAGCUGAUUUUAAAUGAUAUAAGAUCGAUUAUAAGUCCACUCACGGUGAAACAGAGUGGAUUUUUCCAAGUUUUUUCCAAUGAGUUGCAGUAUGUUACCUGCAGUUUUGUAUAUAGGUUGUAUUUCUGCAAACACCAACCCUUUUUACCUACGUCUUGUUUUAUUGGAGUUAGUUCAACUGGGCUGUAGUAAACAUCUGCUUAGAAAGAUCUGUACAAAAUCUACUUUGAUAUUGAAAAGGGUUUUAUUGUAUUUUACAAAGUGUCUUUCUGAACUGAAAUUUUAAUCAUUUGUUUUUAUAAAACUUUGUUUCAAUCUCUUACAAUAUAUUUGGUCAAAAACCCACAAACAGUGCUGCCUUUUCACUUAUUAUCUUGGAUAACUUGAUUGCCAUUAGUGUCAUACUUGAAACUAAAAAAAAAACCCACAAACCUAAAGCUAUAACUUGUAAGACCAUGAUAAUUUAUAUAUAAGAAAAGAAAAAAAUAUCUAAAAGAUUUAUUUUKGGGCACAAAGGCACCUUUCAGAUUUUUGUUUCUGCUCCAAAGCUGUUUGGUUUGGCURUAUUGUAGUUCUUGAAACACUGCAUUCUUAGUGUUAUUUGCAUUUUCAAAACAUAUAAAGAUUGCCGUUGUAAGCAAAUUAUGUGUAAUAUACAACUUAAUACCAAUUCCUCUGAACCCAUGGGUUAACAGUGGGUGUUUUUAGCACAAAUUUA